UUGAUAUCGUGCAACCCCCUGAGAUGGGCGUCUUGGACAUGCUGAGAGGCCGAGGAGUGCCAAAUGGUGAUGAGGGACCUCUCCGGAGUGUAAUGGGCGCCUGGCAGCGCGAAAUAUCGUCUGGAACGCCUGGCAUUGGCCGUCUCCUACUUCGCACAAUGCAAGGGUCAAGGAUCUCUAUGAUCAUCUCAUUGGGAUACCAGAUUUUCCUCCUUUCCAACAUUGCAUUCUCUGGAAGUCUGGAGAACGCAAAGACGCCCUUCCGACUAUUCUCCGGGGCCUACUCGACGCAAGCGGCCCAAUUCAUCUUUUUCCUUCACCGGCACCACGCCGAAGAAGCUCUACGCAUUACUCGAUGCGUGGCGGAAGACUUGGAAAAGACCGCUGACGAGGAAACAAAGGUCCGUCUGCGACGAGCUGCCCGAUUAAUUCGCAUCAUCAAGAUUUUCUUUCUGAUCCACAUGCUCAACGCCACUUUCUCGGUGUGCAUGACUCCACUGUCCAUGGGGUUUGACUCGUGGUUAAUCGCUGCAAAGGUUGUAUUCAUGUGCAUCGGGAUGGUUGUAUGCUGUUGGGCAUACUACACGUUGCUGCCACUAAUGCUCUGUGUACACCUAGCCUGCUGCGCCCUCUAUAGGGAGGUGGGACAGCGCCUACAGGCACACAUCGGCUUGGCCGAAGUGUCCCGGUGCGCGAGGCUGCACUCCAGCCUGAAGGAAGCGGAGCGGCACAUGGACUCUCUAGUUGGGAUGUAUUUUCCGCAUUAUCUUCUUGUCGCAAUCCUGUUGCCUUUGCUGAGCAUCGCAGAAGUACUGACUUCUGACGUGCAGGCGGACAUGUACGCGUUGAGUACCGUGCCCAUUGUGUUCAUCAUCAUCGUACCUCAGUGCCUCGUCGGCCAGUACCUGGAGGACUGCAGCGGCGCCGUGCCGCAGUCCUGCUACUUCGGGCCGUGGCUGGAGGAGGACCGCGAGUCGCGUCGCGGCAGACUCCUCGUGAUGAAGCUGGGCGCGCGGCCAGACUUUGUGCGAGUGCAGGGCAUGGGAAGGCUCAACAGAGCUGCCUGCGCGUCCAUCCUCCGCUCUUGGUGUGGAUAUCUCCAGGUAGUCGUGAGGUUUAGUAACAACAGCCAGUGAGUUCUCUAGGUAUUUUUGUUAGUAGAGACAAUUUAGCGUUCCCACGACGAG